GACGCGUUUUGGGAUUUGUUGAUGAGCGCAGACAAGAAAGAUUAUGAGAGCAUAUGUGGAGAGUAUGGCAUUACUGACUUCCGUGGGAUGCUGAAAAAAUUGAAUGAAAAGAAGAUUGAAAGGGAGCAAGAACAGGAAAAGGUUGUUGAAAGACUUUGCAACCUAAAGCCCAUUGAACUGAAAGCUUCUGGUGCUGCAGAGUUUGAACUUGAAAUGGCACUCAAAGACCCUACCAGCAAAAUCUUCUUAUAUAAGGAUGGCAUUAUGAUUCCCUUUGAUGCUGAUACAGAGGUAAAACACGGAUUGAAGCAAGUUGGGAAGAAGUUUGUGUUUAGCAUCAAUGGUGUUAACCCCGAGGAUGCAGGAUUAUACCAAGUGGAGGUUGAUGGAGUUAAGAUAUUCUCGACUGACUUAAAACUUCCCUCUGUAGACUUCUUGGUCAAGAUUCAAGACGUGACAGCAGAGGAAAGAGAGGACGCUGUGUUUGAGUGUGUCGUCUCACAACCACUGAAAAAGAUUACUUGGAUGGGCAAGAAUAUCGCACUGGAGCAAGGGGACAAAUUUGAUAUCACUGUGUCAGAGGACAUGCUGAUUCACACACUGGUGGUAAAGGACUGUAUGCUUUUGGACAAAGGAAUUUAUGCAGCUGUGGCUGGACUUAAAUCCUGCAGUGCCUGGCUUAUAGUGGAAGACCCUGGAGUUUACUUCACCGGAGGACUGUCAGAUGUAACUGCCAUCAUUGGCACUGAUGCAGAACUGGUCUGCAGACUGAGCAGUGAGGAAUGUGAUGGAGUCUGGUACAAAGAUGGGAAAGAGAUAACAGCUACAGAUGAUAUCUGCAUUGUUAAAGAUGGGACUUAUCGCAAACUAAUUAUCAAAAACUGCAAAGAAGAUGAUGUUGGGAAGUACCGAUGUGAAGCUGAUGGGCGUAAAACAGAAGCUGUGCUAAAUGUUGCAGAUCCUCCGAGAAUUAAUUCUGAUGACCUCACCGACUUCAUAAAACCUGUUAUAAUCAAAACUGGCAAAGAUGCAGCCUUCAAGCUGUCCUUUGUUGGCCGUGAACCCAUGAAGAUCCAGUGGUACAAUGAAGGCGAAGAGCUGUUGGAAGACACCCAUAUCAAGAUUGAGAAGUCGUCUUCACACAGUCGCCUGCUGCUGACAAAGUGCCAACGCAAAACCACAGGAGAAAUUAAGAUUAAGAUUAAAAAUGAAUGUGGAACAACUGAGGCCAUUACGCAGCUUAUUGUUUUAGCUUACCCUGGACCUCCUUCUACACCAAAAAUUGUUAGUGCCUUCAAAGACUGUAUAAAUCUUGCUUGGUCAGCACCUUCUAAUACUGGAGGAACCAACAUUUUGGGAUACAAUGUGGAGAAACGCAAGAAUGGCAGCAAUUUGUGGGGCCUUGUCAACCCACCCGAUGAGCCCAUUAAAGAGAAAAAGUAUGCAGUGAAGGAGGUUGUUGAAGGUAUCGAGUAUGAGUUCCGUGUAUCAGCUAUCAAUAUUUCUGGUGCUGGAGAGCCAAGUACACCCUCUGAAUUUGUGAUCGCAAGGGAUCCAAAGAAGCCCCCUGGUAAAGUUAUCGACUUGAAGGUGACAGAUUCCACAUACACCACCUUAUCGCUGGGCUGGACCAAACCCAUCGAGGAGGAAGGGGUCCAAGAUGAGGCUAAAGGAUACUUUGUGGAGCUCAGACCAGCAGAAAACCCAGAAUGGAGUUGCUGUAACUCUAGUGCUAUCAUUAUGACCUCAUACACUAUUAUGGGUCUGAAGUCUAUGGCCAUGUACUGGGUAAGAGUUGUAGCCACCAAUGAGGGUGGGAACAGUGAGCCUCAAGAGUUGGACAACUAUAUCAUUGCAAUGCCUCCUCCAGUGAGACCUCAAUUCACUGACAGGAAAAUAAAGAACUUCAUGGUAAUGAAAGCUGGGAACACUACUCGAGUCAACUUUAACUUUCAGGCUUCUCCAGUACCAACAAUUACAUGGCUCAAGGAUGACCUGCCUGUAGGCAAGCAUGUGACUGUUAGCAACUCAGACACAUCAUCGCAGUUAAUGAUCCCUUCAUCAGAACGCCAUGACACUGGGAUCUACACCAUCAUUGUGAAGAACAUUGUUGGUCAAGAGACCUCCAGUGUUGAGAUAAGAAUCACAGAUGACCCCAAGCCUCCAGGCCCCGUGGAGCUGGAUGAGAAUGUGGCAGGAACAGUGACUGUGUCCUGGACUCCUUCUCCAGAUGAGAAGAAAGAUGACAGACUGCACUACAUUAUCACCAAGCGUGAUUCUGUUAAGCGUACAUGGCAAACCGUGGCAGACCAUCUCUUCAACAACAAGUUCACGGCCAUCAACAUCAUGCCGGGCAGGCAGUACCAGUUCCGGGUCUAUGCCAAGAAUGACAUGGGGAUGUCCAAACCCUCUGAGUCAGCAACCUGGGAAGUGAAGAGAAAGAAAGAGACAUUUUCUUUGAACCUUCCUGCCCCUAAGGACUGCAGCUUUGAGACGCCUCCAUCAUUCUCCGUUCCACUAAAAACCCACAACAGCCCAGAGAGUUACGAGUGCUACAUGAGCUGCGCAGUGACAGGAAACCCCAGACCCCAUGUUACCUGGUACAGAAAUAACAUCAGCCUCAACACCAACACUAACUACUACAUCACCAAUACAUGUGGGGUCUGCUCCAUGGUGAUACUCAAAGUUGGGCCCAAGGACAGUGGAGAUUACACAGUCAUAGCAGAAAACCCUCUGGGCAGGGUGGAGUGUUCAACUAAACUCGUUGUUAAAGAUUAG